CCUCGGGAACUGGGCGGCUCUGCAGCUGGGAGCCUGGCCCAGCCGAACCGAGUGGAGCCAGUGGGUCUGGGGCCUUGCGUGAACCGGGCCCCGGGCUGGAGGAGGUGCGGCUGUGUGACAGAAACAAUUGCCAGAGAUGCCGGGGCCAGCUCCCCCCACCAGCUGCUGCUGGUGGUGACAAUGUCAAAUAACGGCCUAGACAUUCAAGACAAACCCCCAGCCCCUCCGAUGAGAAAUACCAGCACAAUGAUUGGAGCUGGCAGCAAAGAUGCUGGAACCCUAAAUCAUGGUUCCAAACCUCUGCCUCCAAACCCAGAGGAGAAGAAAAAGAAGGACCGAUUUUACCGAUCCAUCUUACCUGGAGAUAAAACAAAUAAAAAGAAGGAGAAGGAGCGGCCAGAGAUUUCUCUUCCUUCAGAUUUUGAGCACACAAUUCAUGUCGGUUUUGAUGCUGUCACAGGGGAGUUUACGGGGAUGCCAGAGCAGUGGGCCCGCUUGCUUCAGACAUCAAAUAUCACAAAGUCGGAGCAGAAGAAAAACCCACAGGCAGUUCUGGAUGUGUUGGAAUUUUACAACUCAAAGAAGACCUCCAACAGCCAGAAGUACAUGAGCUUUACAGAUAAGUCAGCUGAGGAUUAUAAUUCUUCUAACACUUUG